UGGGGAAGAUGUCAGGCUCAGCAUCCUCAGUAGCGUGAACUAGCUGACCACAUGUGUGCACUCCAGGCGUCAUUUCAAGCAACGGCAAAGCUCACAAUGAAACAGCCUCGUUGCAAAAUGCAGUGAACCGUGAUCGGUCCGGGAAUAGAGAUUCUGAGGCUAUGUGGAUAUGAAAAUAACAGACACGUGUCCCAAGACCUUGCGAGACAGAGAGAGAGGCUUGCGAGAGGCAGCGGGCGCAGGACAUGAACUCCGAAACGAGCAUAAGUGAGCGCUCGCGCCCGUGCGCAUACCGCUGAGGGCUUUCGUUGAGAGCGACGUCCGUGACAGUCCCAUCGCCGCCCUCCCACCAUGGUGAUGGCGGACGGCACGCCUCUGGUGGAGACCUGCGUCCUCCUACCAGCCGAGUUCGCCCUCAAGGUGGAGGCGGCGCCGAGGGUCACAUCCUUCCUGAGCUUGCUGCCCCACCUAGCCGCGAGGGGCCCCGUCCAGACCCACCUUCCUUCGCCGUUGCUGGACCGCCUGGCGCCCUCCUUCGGCCCCGUGUCGCCUGGCCUGAGCGCCUUGUCGCCCGGUCUCGGCCCCCUGGCAGGUCCGCUGGGCUCGCUGCCCACCCCCGCCGAGGACACCAUCCAGGUGUGCGCCACCCGGCGGCUGCCGGCGCAGACGCGCUACCUGCCCUUCAGCGGCACUGUCAGAGCCGACAAACUGCCGCUGCUGUCCUGCCUGGCGCCCAUGGACCCCCGCCAGCGGUACGGCAGCUACGACGAGGUGUGCGAGCGUUCGACGGGCCGCGUGCGGCUCUGCAACUGGGUGCGGUUCGUGAGCUACGCUCUCCACUUCACGCCGCAGGUCAACAUGGUCGCGUCUAGAGUCAGAGGAUCUGUGGUAUUCGAGGUCGUGCGGGAGGUCGUGCCGGGGGAGCGUCUGGUCGUCUUCUUCCUGCCGGAUAUGAGCGGCGAGGACACCCUUCUCCUGCCGGCGUUAACCUUCCUCCGCUCCUCGCUCUAUCGACGCACAAUCGACUCUAUCAUGGCGGAGGCUCCUCUCGAUCUCUCUCGCUCGCUGCUCACUUCUCCUCCCUCGCCGCCUCCGUCGAGCCGCACGCCGUUGGUGCCCCUGAAACGGAAGGCAGAAGACCAUCCCUCUCCACCCCGCUCCCCCUCCCCGGUCCCCCCGCCCUCCCCGCCCUUCGCGUGCCCUCUGCCAAACUUUCCUCCGACGUCCACGUCCUUCCUCCCGCUGCGGAGGCCCCUGGGAGGCCUGGGAGGGAGGGAGCUCGAGUCCUCCGCUUUACCUCAUUUCCCGCUCAACCUCAAGCCCCCGACCUCCUCCUCCUCAUCGGGGGAGCCGCCGACGUCCCCCCCAAGCACCCCCCUGGCCCUGUCGACGUCCCGUUCGUCCUCGGUGGACGGCCCACUGGAGGCGCCUGCGUCCAUGUCACCGCCCAAGCGCCGCGAGCGGACAAUGCUGCCGUGCUCGGAGUGCGGGAAGGCGUUUGACCGGCCGUCGCUGCUCAAGCGACACAUCCGGACACACACGGGCGAGAAGCCCCAUGUGUGCGACGUGUGCGGCAAGGGCUUCUCGACCAGCUCGUCCCUCAACACCCACCGCAGGAUCCACAGCGGCGAGAAGCCCCACCAGUGCGGCGUGUGCGGCAAGAGGUUCACGGCCUCGUCCAACCUCUACUACCACAAGAUGACCCACGUCAAGGAGAAGCCGCACAAGUGCUCGCUGUGCACGCGCUCCUUCCCGACGCCCGGCGACCUCCGCUCGCACAUGUUCGUGCACAACGGCCAGUGGCCCCACAAGUGCUCCGUCUGCGGCAAGGGAUUCAGCAAGCUCACCAACCUGCGCAACCACGCGCUUCUGCAUGCGGAAAUGAAGCGGACGGAGCGGCAGCUCUCGGCCCUCCCGGCGACCCUUGCGUCACCGCCCUCCACCAGUGGCUCGGACACUCCACUCACUCCACCGGCUGCUUACUCGCCCCCCAGUUACUCCACCUUCACUCAGUCCACCUUGCAGAACAGCGGCACGCCAUCAUCUUCAUCCACCUCGCAUACUCCACCCAGCUGCUCGGACGCGCCCUCGCCCCCCGCCCUCGCCCCCCACGGCGAGCCGGCUCCUCCGCCGUCCGCCGCCCACUUGGCGAGUCCUCCGCCCUCUCCCUCCAUCCCCGCCUCCUGCCCCCCGUCGGAUGGCGUCGUCGGCUCGCAUCCGCCCGCGCAGCCCGCCUCAUCCACCCCGCAGCCGCGCGAGGAGGAUGCGCUGCGGCUGCCGGAAGCUCCGUCUGCGAUCGAGCCUCUGAAGGCGACAUCCUCCAUCGCUUCUCCGCCUCCUUCUCCGUGCCCUCUUCAUUCUCCUCAACACCCAGCUUCAUCUCAUGGGAAAUUUAGUAUCAGUUAUCUUCGCACGUCCUCCAUAUCUUCCUCAUCCUCCUCUUCUUCCUUCCCUUCUCCGUCCACUUCUUCCUCGUUCACCGUGCAACAUCUUAUCAAAGCUUCAAACAGAUGUGAAGGAGAAUCAGGAAUAACCGUUGAAGAGGAUAAGGAAAGAAAAACAAUUGUUGAAGAAGAAAAGGGAAAACCAAAAGAUGUAGACAGACAAAAAACGGAAGAAGAGGAGGAUGAAGUGAUAUUCCUCAGUGACGAAAGCGAGACCCCAGAUCACGUCGAGACCAACAAGGCGGUGGUCGCCAGGUAACAGCCGGGUGGCUUAAGCGAACAAGGAAUUCAGUCUUCGUGUCUUAUCGUAGAGUUUAUAUUGAGCCUUCCAUACCCAAAUACAUAUGUAUAUCAUAUUUUGUGUCGAUUUGGUCUCAUUUAAAGCGAUUUGGUUUAUAUAAGAUAAUAUACCCCUUUGAGUUUCUCGAUUUUCUCUAACGAAAAAACAAAUAUGGUACAUGUGAAGUUCCUUCCAAUUUUAUUCUCUACAAACAUACAGUAGAACUUUUCAUUUCGCCAUGGGUAUGGGAGGACACAGUAGCUUUAUCACUCCCUUCCAAGCUUUAAAAUAGAUUAGUAAAUGACGUUUUUGACUAUAUUAUUAGAUAUAGGAUGCUGUUUAGAAUGGUAUAUGACUGUAAAUAUGGGUUACAAGCGUUUGCAAUUUGGGUUGUUAUUGUUUUUUUCUUGAUUUAUGUCCAUAGAAUCGACUUUUGAUAUAUCAGGGCAACAAUAAGCAAUAGGAGUUUGAUCUUUUUUCUUCACAAGUGCAAUGCAAAGCAAGUCUGGCUGGAAGUGCAAUAUGAUAGUAUUAGAAUGUAUUUAUUUUGAUAUGUUAAACCUAAUUAAAUCUUCAAAGAAAAGGA